CGCAUCUUGGCCACUAGAGGCUGCAUCCUUCCUGCCGCCCGCACAGCCUCACAUGUCCGCCGCACUUUGUUAGCGCUGCUGGGUUGUAAAGUUGACAUGGUCAGGAGGUGACUGCUGGGACCUGACGGGCGGAUACGCGGCUCGGACAAGGGGUGGGCACGCCGGGGGCAUCAGUGCUGAGGCCGUCACACGCUGGGAACGCACUAUAAUGCCUGAGGUUCGGGACCUUUCAGAUGCUCUAACUGACCUGUCUAUGGAUCCCAUCACUGGUGUUGGGGUAGUAGCAUCAAGAAACAGAGCGCCUACAGGUUAUGACGUGGUUUCUCAGACAACAGAUGGCCUGGAUGCGGAUCUUUGGAAAGAUGGUUUAUUUAAGUCCAAGGUGACAAGAUAUCUUUGCUUCACCAGAGCCUUUUCAAGAGAGAACAGCCAUUUAGGAAACGUCUUGGUAGACAUGAAACUCAUUGAUAUAAAGGACACAUUACCUGUGGGCUUCAUACCCAUCCAGGAGACGGUGGAUACACAGGAAGUAGCCUUUAGGAAAAAGCGCCUGUGUAUUAAGUUUAUCCCGAGAGACUCCACGGAGGCUGCGAUCUGUGACAUCCGCAUUUUGAGCCGCUCUAAACAGGCCCCACCUCAGUAUACGUUCAUAGGGGAAUUGAACAGUAUGGGCAUCUGGUAUCGAAUGGGAAGAGUUCCUCGAGCUCCAGAUUCUCCACAACCUUCAACGCCUUCUUCCCCGACUGCAAUGGUCACAUCCGCAUCUGCCCCAAACCUCCCAAGACAUAUAUCUCUGACCCUUCCUGCCACAUUUCGAGGUAGAAAUAAUACCCGGCCAGACUUUGAGAAUCAGCAGUCCAACCUGUAUGCAAUAUCAGCAAUGGAUGGCGUUCCUUUUAUGAUUUCAGAGAAGUUUGCCUGCGCGUCGGAGGCAAAAGAGGUUUCUUUGUUUCAGAUGCAGCAGGUUGACCUUUUGGGAAUAACCAUCAAGUCCCUGGCCGAAAUUGAGAAGGAGUACGACUACAGCUUCAGAACAGAACAGAGCGCUGCUGCCCGCCUGCCCCCCAGUCCUGCCCGUUGCCAACAGAUGCCCCCACCAUGAGAUCCAGGAAGAUGGCUGAAUGCAUUUGGCGCGCACAAAUACUACUGAGCAGAAACCCGUUGCUGCUAACCAUAACUUCUAACCCCUGCCCUGCCGGAGUGGCAGAACGUGAAGAGUUGGUGGAUUUUUUUCUAACAGAAUCUGUUUUUUUGUAUUGGUAUUUUGUACAUAUAGCUACUUAAAAAAAAAAAAAAAUAGCCAUGUUGAGUUGUAUUAAAGGUGCGGAGCUCGCCGGCUCGACACUCUCCAGUGUUAA